AUUCCAAUUCAUAAGGCCAACCUUAACCUACAUCACCCAAGAUUUCAGCCCAAAAUCCUUUUCCGGGCUUCACCCAAAACUUUAUCACCGAUCCAACAGCGAGAUCUAAAACAUCAACAAAUUUAACCCAAUUUUCAAUUAUCUAUUCCUCGGCAAUCUGCAGCUACUCUCCGGCGAUCGUUUCAAUCCUCCACCAUGGCCACCACCAGCACCGCCGCGGACUCCGCCACUGAUCCAUCAACUCCAGAUCCUCAAACCCCCAUCACCCCACCCCAAAACCUCGUCGACCCACUAAAUAACCCAUACAACUCCCUCAAUUCCCUCUGCCACGACCUCACAUCUCUCCAAGACCUCGCUUGCCGGGGUUCCUGGCGGACCAUCAUCGACAAAAUAGCCCGAGCCCGGUCUCUUUCCCUCCUCACAAAGCCCCACGAGCACCUCAUCUACCUCACCUUCAACCUCCUCAGCCUCGUCAAACUACGCCGUUUCACCGACGCCAAUAACGAGCUCCAGUCCGACCUGGAGGACGACGAAAACGAUGGCGAUCACCCUCUCAAUAGCCCACAAUACCAGUACGAAACUUACCCCCACCAUUACCCGAAUCAACAGGGUUCUAUGGUACCCUUUGCUCUUCGUUGGCUUCACGCCCAUUUGCCAUCCACCAUUGGGCAUAAACAGCAGUCCCUUGAUCGGUUUUAUACCCUCCUUGACUUCGUUCGCGAGAAAAGGCGUAGCGCGGAUGGAAAUUCGGGCGAUUUGUGGCGAAAAAGGGAGGUUUUUGUGGUGAAUACUAUAGUUAGUUAUCAUUUGAGUGGUAAAGAGUUUAAGGUUUGUGUGGAUUUGAUGAGGGGUUUGGCUAAUGAGAAGGGAUUUGAGGUUGAUGCAGUUAUGUUGUCGAAGUUGGGUUAUGUGCAAAUGCAAUAUGGGGAUUUGGAGGGGGCGAAGAGGACGUUUGGGGAAGUGGAGAAGAUGGUGGGGAGUGGAGAAGAUGAUGUAGGAUUGAGGAACUUGGUUAGUAGGAAUAAGGCAUUGAUGUAUCUAGUUGGGAAGGAUUAUGUUUCCGCCGUCAGGGAGUAUGAGGUGUGUAUAGAGAGGGAUGGAUUGGAUGCUGUAGCGAUUAACAAUAAGGCUCUUUGUUUGAUGUAUUUGAGGGAUUUGUCUGAUUCGAUUAAGGUUCUGGAGAAUGCAUUGGAGAGGGUGCCUACCGUGGCAUUGAACGAGACACUUGUGGUGAAUUUGUGUAGUAUGUAUGAGUUGGCUUAUGUUAAUCAUGCUGACAUUAAGAAGACACUUAGUAAUUGGAUUGCUAGGGUUGCACCAGAUGACUUUGAUUCAUCAUGUACUAGGACUUGAGGUAGAUUUUUUAUGGUCAAGUCUUUGACUUUGAACAUUCGAGAUGAAAUAGAUAUUCAAUUUGUUUUUUGUUGUUGUUGAGUAGCUGACUUUCAAUAGAUUUGAAACCACAUUUUGUUGCUUUACUUUGUUUACAAGAGUUCUUUUAGUUCUUAGAUAGCCAGUCAAGCUUGUGAUCCUGUGAUGUUUCUCAAUUUUCUUCUGUAAUCCUCAUUUUUAAAUGGUAGUUCAUUCCAAGAUUUGUAACUACUGUAAGUUUACUCAAUUGAAUUCGGUUAAUAAUGGCUCAUCUUCUAAUGCAAAAAUGACUUCCUUUUUUGUA